AUGUCACUUUGCACAUUCUCCUACUUCUUCGAUCUACCGCCAGAGAUUCGUGAACAGAUCCUCCAGUAUCUAUGCAUCUAUCCCAAAGGCAUCGAAGUUGGCCACGCCGCCUCUGAUCGCGAUGCAGACAAGCCCCAGCCGCUCAGCGCGUGGGCCGAGUGGUAUGAGCCCAGGGCGCCCACGAUCAUCCAGUAUGUGCUGGAUUUAUUCCUCGUGAACCUCCAGUUCUACCGUGAGGCAUCGGCGAUCUACUUCGGCCAAAACGUCUUUCAUCUCCAUGCCGUUGGCCGCCGCAACAAGGGCUCGCAGUUGCUGGAUCCUACGGCCGGCCUGCUCGCCGCCGAGGCAUUCAGGCCAUCAAGGCGGCGCAUCCGGCACGCCGUGCUCCAUCUACGGCGGCUGAGUGGGCAGUUUCAGACGGACGUCGCCCCGGCGCUGUUCGACAUGAUUCUCAACGGCAACCUGCGCAUCCUCGAGUUUCACUUCGCGCCGCCGUUCAGCAGUAGCUGGAAUCUACACGCAUCAACAGUCGGCGUGACAGACCCGUCACCGGCCUAUCUAGCCCAGAGCAGGCCAUUCAUUGAGCUGAUGCGCCUGCUCACCGACCCGGAUCUGGAGCGGGCCGGGGUCGCUGUCUCCGCCGCCCGGCACUGGAGGCUGUGGUGCUCGCUACAUGCGAAGCCGUGCAACUCACGUGGGCACGAGCAGCCUUGCCUAAGCACGUGGGGUGCAGUCGGGCGCCGGGGAGCCUCCGAGGACGAGAUGCUUGACGUUGACGUCGGCCAGCUAAUAGCACAGUACGGAGAGAUAGGCGACCAGUUGCGCAUUUUCGAAGUUGGGGACUAG